GACUCCACAUGGCGGUAUAGGUACUAGGUAAAGCUUGGCGACCCACCUUCGACGAGAAUAUGCAUCAAUGCCAUGAUAAAAAAGUUAAGCCCAUUGAAGGGGACCACGAUGACAAUGGUGGCUUAGUUGAAGCUCUCUGUUCUCACUGAUUCCUCGGGCCCUUGAAUGAAGAGAUAAACAUUCGGGCCGUCAUUUUUCCAAAUCUGAAUCGAGGUCGACAAAAUCACCGAACUCCGCCAGAUAACCCACCUUGCACUCCGUACUCACAGCCAACUCCUACCAUGGCAGCAACUAUCAAGUCAACAAUUCUCGACACCGACAACUUCUUCCCCAGCAUUUUGCAAUCCCAUGAAAAAAAGGAGCUCACUCCCUGGAUUUUUGAAAAUGCCGACUUUGCCGAUCUCUUCUGUAUAGAACGCUGGCCCGAGGAAGAUUCAACUGAAUUCCAAAAAUUCUUCCACCUCUUAAACUCGUAUAUCUCCGAGGCUAACCUCUUUGAUGCCUCCCUCGCCGAGCCCGACAUCCUUCAGGCAUACUAUCCCGACAGUCAACCGUACGAUCCCGAUAGCGUAGAGGCGGGCUUGCUGGAAGAUGUGGUAGGGAGAUCUGAGACCAUAGCUCUUCCUAGGAGGAGCUGGGAAUAUUCAACACGAGAGGACUUUGCGCACCUGAUGACGCUACAGGCACUCGUGCUGAGAUUGCUAAUAGAGAGUAUUUAUCGGAAGUUGAACCUGACAGCUCUUGAACCUCGACUUUAGUAAGUUUAAAAUCCACUGUAACAAGGUUCAAUACUAAAUUUCAAAAGCUUUCCCGUAUCUAAAUACAGGCAGACAUAUCAUAUAGGCGGUCAAAAGUAUGCAGCAAGACCUGAUUGCGCUACUAUGAUUCGUGUUCAGAACCAAUACCUUCCUAUCUUAUCUUUUACAUGUUGGUUUCACGAUCAGACGUGGGGGGAGUUUCUUGGAGAGACUCUGAGUAUCAUGCUAGGAC